UUUAUAUGGUAAGCAUGUCUAAUCCUAAGGAGCGCGGAGGUCGAGAUGGCUUAGGUGGAAGCCAAGGUCGUGGGAAAUUGAUUCGCAGGGAGCUUUUUGAGUCACCAGGAGCUCCAGAAAGCCCGAACCUUGGCUCUGAGACACAACGAGAUGAUUCACAGGCACGUGACAUUGGUGACCAUGUACCGGAGACGCCGAGCAGCCAGAGGGAGGAAGCUGAAGGGUCAAACCGUGCAUCAAAAAGGGUUUUGAGCCCUACUGGAUUGUGGUUUGAUGAUAACAAAGUUAGCGGGUCCAUCACUGACAUUUUCCAGGGUCAUUUCCGAGAACCUUGGUUUAACUACCGUGAGGUGGACGAUGCAACAAAGACGCAUUGGUGGAACUCAUUCACGGGUCUUUACGAAUGGGCUCCUGAGUUAGAUGGCCAAGUGAGAAAACCAUACCUAUGA